AUGUCCGAACGCCCGUCAGGACUGGGCCGGACCCCGACAGCACCUCCCAUCAUGGCGAACGGCCACUUUGCUACGAUCGGUGAUAGCAGUGAUGUCACUUCCUACGAGCAUGGAGUGCAGGUCAUUGACGGGGAUAAGGAGUUCAAUCCCAACUUGUCCAAGUAUCUCUCCCUCGAGGAUGUCACGACCGCCGGCUUCAACUACCACCUCAUCUCCGUGUUUGGCUCCCAGUCGACCGGCAAGUCAACCUUGCUGAAUCACCUGUUCGGUACUCAAUUCUCGGUCAUGUCCGAGCAAGAGCGCCGGCAAACGACCAAGGGUAUUUGGCUGUCGAAGAAUAAGAAGCAAGGCGAUGCGACUACCGAGGGGGCCCGUAUGGCGGAUAACAUCUUGGUGAUGGAUGUGGAGGGUACUGAUGGUCGCGAACGAGGCGAGGACCAAGACUUUGAGCGCAAGAGUGCUCUGUUUGCGCUUGCGACCAGUGAGGUGCUCAUCGUGAACAUCUGGGAGCAUCAAGUCGGUUUAUACCAGGGUGCCAACAUGGGUCUCCUUAAGACCGUGUUCGAGGUCAACCUGCAAUUAUUCCUGAAGGAUAAGAGUACUACGCACCGGUCUCUCCUCUUCUUCGUCAUUCGUGAUUUCAUUGGCACCACCCCGCUAAAGAACCUCCAAAAGACGCUACUGGAAGAUCUGGCCCGCCUGUGGUCAACAAUCUCAAAACCCGCUGGACUGGAGAACUCUACAAUCCACGAUUACUUCGACUUCCAAUUCUACGGACUUCCGCACAAGGGCUAUCAGCCUGACCAGUUCGUGGCGGAAACACAAAAGUUGGGCUUGCGCUUCCGUGAGGGCCACCGCGACCCGAAACGGGAUGCGCUCAAGGGGGAGUUCUCCGAGGGCGGUGUUUUCCUGCCUGAAUACCAUCGGCGAAUCCCAGCGGAUGGAUUCUCGCAUUAUGCUGAAGGUAUUUGGGACCAAAUUGUCAAUAAUAAGGACCUGGAUCUGCCUACCCAGCAGGAACUGCUUGCCCAAUUCCGCUGUGACGAGAUUUUGCGGGAAGUGAUGAUCGGAUUCGACGAGGCUAUCACUGCGUUUGAGGACAAGCAGGCCGAGUCUGUCCGCCUUGGAUCUCCGGCAGUCAUCGGUGGCUUGGGUGUUGCUAUGCGCGGUGCCCGCUCCAAGACUCUCAAGGGCUUUGAGACUGAGGCUAGUCGGUACCACAAGGGCGUCUACCAGCGUAAGAAGGCUGAGUUGGAGGGCAAGGUUGAUACUCGACUAAAGGCACUGUUCCACGGUCAGAUCUCAGCCGCUCACAAAUCCGGUAUCCGUGACUUCAGCGAGGCUGUGACCAACGCUGUCAAGUCCGGUCAGAAGAAGGGCGGCAACUACGACUUUGCCGAGAUUGUCAACCAGGAAACUAAAACCUCGUUGGAGAAGUUCGAGGAAGUCGCUCGAUCAACGCUGGUUGAAGGUGCCUCCUGGAGCAACUAUAAGCAGGAGUUGGCGUUAUAUGAGAAGGAGUUGUCUGAGGUCAGCGGUCGUCUCCGGCGGGAUGAGAUGAGACGGUUGGCUAGCCGCGUUGAACGAUGGGUUCAGUCUCGUCUUGGCGAGUCAGUGGGACUCGAGUUCAACAACCUGGGUUCUGGACGUGCUGGGGCCGGUGCACCCGAUGAUGGCGAUAAGCCCAUUGAGACCGCUUUCUGGGAUCGGAUCUGGAAUGUGUUCGUGGAGACCGUUCUCGAUGCCGAGCGUAGAUUCACGGACCGCGCCAGUAGCUUCGAUGCUAGCCUGGAAGAAGUUGAUGUUGGUCUGUGGCGCCUGCGUCGCAAGUCUUGGGGUGUUUUGCAUGCCAAGAUUGAUGAGGAAAUGACCGAGGGUAAUUUGCUCCUAAAGCUGCGCGAGAACUUCGAGGACAAGUUCCGAUACGACGAGGCCGGUGUGCCUCGGAUCUGGCGCCCAACUGACGACAUUGAGGGCAUCUAUACACGUGCUCGCGAGUCUACCCUGACUUUGAUUCCUCUUCUGUCGCGAUUCCGCCUUGCCGAGACUAACGCCCCUCCUCCUCUUGAUCGUUGGGUCGGGCACACUCCUAGCACUGCCACUCCUGCCGACGAAGAGGACCUGGCCCCUAUCGGCGGUGUGGAUGAGGACGAGGGCAAGAGCCUGGAAGAGGAAAUGACCAUUCUGGGCGAUGCCAAGCGCCAGGAACUUACUGUGCGCUUCAAGAAGGCUGCCGAUGGAGUUUACGUCGAGGCCAAGCGGAGUGCCAUUGGUGGUAUGACGCAGGUUCCACUGUACUUCUACGGUCUCCUGCUGGCUCUGGGCUGGAAUGAGAUCAUUGCGGUCCUCCGCAACCCGGCCUACUUCCUGCUGCUCUUUGUAUGUGCCGUCGGUGCCUAUGUCACCUACCAGCUCAACCUGUGGGGCCCUAUCAUCAAAAUGACCGAGGCUGCAUCCCAGCAGGCCCUCGUGGAAGGCAAACGUCGCUUGCGCGAGUUCCUCGAGCAAUCCGAUACCGGUCGCCAGGCCAUUGCCAUGUCUGCUUCGGACCGAGCUGGCUCUUCGGGAAACAAGGAAGAGUAUGAAAUGUCUGAUCUGCCAAAGCGAAGCUCUGGCUCGAAGACUGACGAUUUGGAUGACUUGUAA